CCCAGUCUCCACUGCCAUACCGCCACCAUGCCCGAGUGCGCAGCUUCCAACGACUAUGACGGGCGCAUGGGCACCCGCAUAUCGUCCAUUUUUGUCAUCCUCGUGGCAUCUACGUUUGGUGCCAUGUUCCCCGUGCUUGCAAGGCGCAGCCGCCACAAGUUUGUGCCUGACUGGGUCUUUUUCGUUGCAAAGUACUUUGGAUCCGGUGUCAUUAUUGCUACGGCAUUCAUCCAUCUCCUUGCGCCAGCAAACGAGGCCUUGACCAACGAGUGCUUGACGGGCGUCAUUGCCGCAUACCCCUGGCCAGAGGGUAUCGCGCUGAUGACCAUCUUCCUCAUGCACUUUCUCGAGCUCAUGACUAUGCGCUAUGCCAACUUUGGCGGCGACCACCAGCACGACGCUAGCCACACGCAUGCAGCUAUCCCUGCAGCCGCGAGCAACAGCAGCAGCAUCGAGGAGACCAAGGGACAUGACAUUGAAGCCGCCGGCCCUGGAAACCCCAACAUCCGCGGUGACGACCACCUUGGCCACCAACGCCAGCACAACGCCGAAGGCGAGUACGGCUCAGAGCUUGAGCCCCGUCACCUCGUGCCUUCCGACUACGCCGCCCAGCUUACUGCCGUCUUCAUCCUCGAGUUCGGUGUCAUCUUCCACUCCAUCUUCAUUGGUCUUACCCUCGCCGUGGCCGGAAGCGAGUUCAUCACCCUGUACAUUGUGCUCGUCUUCCACCAGAUGUUCGAGGGUCUCGGUCUGGGUUCGCGACUCGCCGAAGUGCCAUGGCCCGCAUCCAGGCGCUGGACCCCAUACUUCCUUGGCUUGGGAUACGGUCUCUCGACACCCAUUGCCAUUGCCAUUGGUCUGGGUGUCCGCCAGUCAUUUGCCCCCGAGUCCAAGACGACACUUCUUUCCAACGGCAUCUUUGACUCCAUCAGCGCUGGUAUCCUCAUCUACACUGGUCUCGUCGAGCUCAUGGCCCACGAGUUCAUGUUCAGCCCUUAUAUGCAGAACGGGCCUGUCAGCCGAACCCUCAAGGCCUACGCGCUCAUGACCCUUGGUGCUGGUUUGAUGGCUCUGCUCGGCUACUGGGCUUAAAAUAGCCUCUAUCGGCUUUGAGGUCAUGAAAAAAAAAAACUUUUCUUUUUCUCAAUGGAUGGAUAAUGUCUGUAUAUAUAGAUAUGCUUUGUGCCGCUUUCUGGCACAUGAUGACGUGGGAGGCUUCAGUGAUCACGUUGGACUCUUUUUUUUUUGUUUUCUUUCACGUGUGCUGCAUUCAGGUAUACCCCGUAGAUUCAGGCCACUCACAGUGGCGCGACGAUUCGAGGCGGAACGAGGAUAGAGACAGAGACGCAUGAUGACUAGAAGGGAAGUGAAAUUUGAAAGACGGACGUUGUCAUCUC